CGGUUUAUCUCGCCGUAUACCAGAAAAUGAGAAAAAGGAAAAAAUCAUGGAGGGAGAUACUAAACUCUAAACUUUCAAAUUAUUAGAAAAAUCUGCUUGCCAUUACAGUAAAAAGAUUAUUAGAUAAAGACUUGCGAGCAUAUGUGAUGUGUGUUUAUGGUGGUGUUUUGCGAGAAUACUUUUUCGAAUUUUUGCGCGUAUUUUGAACAGUUACAGUUAAGUUAGUCACAGAUAUGCUGAUGUGGCGUUAGCCGAUGGGACAACGAGGAAAUAAUAAGCCAAAUGGACACAGAAAUACACAAAUCUAUGAGCUCGAAUCCUAAUUCUACGUUUUGUUCGAAAGAAAAUUACCGAGAUUCAAAAAUGAUGAGCAAUUCUUCCGUUUAUUCUUGUCCGGAAAAACAAUGGGAUGAAGAUAAAACAGAAAUGGCGACAGCUACUUCAUCAACACCGAAAGAUUAUUACUCUGAUCCAAGUAUACGAAGAUACCGAACUGCAUUUUCUCGCGAGCAAUUAAUGCGAUUAGAACGUGAAUUCUACAAGGAAAAUUACGUAUCACGCCCUCGAAGAUGCGAAUUAGCCUCAGAACUUAGCCUACCUGAAUCAACUAUCAAAGUAUGGUUUCAAAACAGGCGUAUGAAAGAGAAACGGCAAAGAAUGUCAAUGGGCUGGCCAUACAGCAUUUACGAUUCGAAUUUCGCCGCCAGUAUUAUUCAAGCUGCAGCUGUCGGCGCUGUGAGUAAUUUUCCAGAAAUAUCGGCCAUCGCUUCUGUAUCCUGUAGAUAUUCACCUAUGGUAGUACCUUCGCAACAAAAAUACUUUCCGUAUUUAUUUCAAAGGCAUUUAAACUUGAAACUAGAUUCGCCGGAAUACGAUCAACCUUCUAGGUCUUGCUUGAGACCAUCUAAUUGUACCAAUCAGCCUUUCCUAUGUCAUCCUACAGCUUUGCAAAUGAGCGAUUUUCCUACAACUUCGUCGCCCGUCAGCUGUGAAAGCGCCGCCGAUACCAGUUGCCGUUGCGGUAUUAUUAAUUGCGUUUCGACGAACAAAUCGUCAUCUUCUGGGUCCUCGUCCACUGUGCCAGCUGUUGUCGAGAAACCCAAAAAUACUAGUUCAUUUUUAUACCCUUCUAAUUUCACCAUUAGCCAUUUAGAACCGUCUACAACCGGCGAAAUGGCGAAAAACGACGAAUUUAGUAAAAAUGAUGUAAUUCCGCCGUAUAAAGCGUAUUUUACGCAUCAUUGAGGGUAAAAUUUUGAUACUUGUGUAUUUUUUCUUCUGUUUUAAUACGACCGACGAAUUGUACAAAAGUCAUUUUUCCUCGCGCAUUUCUUUUUUUGUCUUUUUUUUUUCUUUGAAAAAACGAAAGUAUUUUUUAUAUUACCUAUUUAUGUAUUUACUAUUUAGUUUUUAUUUUUUGUUGAUCUAGGUAUUUUUGUUUCAUUUUUAAUUUCAUUUUCAAAGAUAAGGUACUUACCUACUUAUGUUACAAUUUAUUCAUUUUUUGUUUGUUUUUUUUUUUUUUACUGUUAGCUGAAUUUUAUACCAAAAAUUAUGUUUUAAUUGGAGCAAUCGCGAUUACAAAUACUUGGGUACUUUUAAAAAAACAACGAUAUCUACCUAUAGCUCAAUUCACAGUGGGAAGAGUGUAUGAUGUAUAUAUAUUUUCUAGUCAUUCUAUGUUCCUAGAAUAGUACCUAAAUAAUUAAGCAUCAUGACAUUUAAUACAGAAUCAACUAAUACCAUGGAGUCUACUAACCAAACGACUGCUUAUAUGGCCACCAAAAAUACAAAUUUCACUUUCGAUCAAAUUUUGUAUGAGUUUGAUGGACACUCAGACAAUAUUAUAAUUUAUUUGAAAAGUUUCCAAAAAAAAUUAUCAUUAUUUAAAAAAAGAAAAAUACAUACUUUUAACAUUUUUUUAGGUUUUUUCACAAUAAAAAUUGAAAAAAAAUGACAGAACAAAGAGUAAAGAAAUAGAAAAAGUUGCUCAAAAAUUUAGUCCAGAAGAGGUCUAAUUUCUCAUGUUCAGUAAAAAAAAAAUCUCCAAGUGCUCACUUUGGAAAUUUUCAUACAGCGGGUACGUAGAAAUUCGAUUAACAUACUUAUUGUACCUAUUGUUGAUUAUUUUUAUAGAAUGUUUUGAAUUAUGAGCUAAGUACAAGCAUAUUUAUUACCUAUUUUUAUUUUCUGGAUUAUUAAAUACAUACAUCAUGCAAAAAAAAACAAAAAAAAAAACAAUGUUAACCUAAUCCAAUACAGACUCAAGAAUGGUAUAACAGGUGACGUUUGCCAAAUAUUAAAUUAGAACAUACCUUAUUACGUUCAGAUAACAGGUUUGUUAUUACUCAAAUUAUAGACAAAUGAAUGAUUUUUUUUAUUUUGUAAAAAUAUAUGAAUGUGAAUGAUGAUAUUUAUAUACCUAAAGUAAAUUAAUAAUGAUGA